AUGUGCCACACCAGCGGCUCCACUGGCUGUCAGCCGGCCUGCUGUGUGCCCAGCUCCUGCCAGGCGUCCUGCCACGUGCCCAGCUCCUGCCAGGCGUCCUGCUAUGUGUCCAGCUCCUGCCAGGCGUCCUGCCGCGUGCCCAGCUCCUGCCAGGUGUCCUGCUACGUGCCCAGCUCCUGCCAGGCGUCCUGCUAUGUGCCCAGCUCCUGCCAGGCGUCCUGCCGCGUGCCCGUGAGCUGCAAGCCUGUUGUGUACCUGCCCGUGAGCUGCAAGCCCAUUGUGUGUGUGACCCCCUCCUGCCAGUCCUCCGGGUGCUGCUGGCCCUCCUGCCCCACCCUGGUCCUCAGGCCUGUUCCCUGCGGCACCCCUAACUGCGGCUAG